AUGGCAAAACCUGUAAUUGAAAGACCAUCGCUACAGCAAUCUAAUUCCUCAUUCAAUUUUUCUUCACCUCAUCAGGUUCAUCAAUUAGAUCACAUUCCUACACCGGUAUUAAAGUUGCUAGUGAUUAUGGCGCCUGCAUUACAUGUAUUAGCUCAAUUUGUUAAUCUCAUCAUGUGGCGCACACAACCACAACGUACAAUACUCGUUGUUUUAUUAUGGAUCACAGUGUGUCUUUGGACAUGGCAAUAUCUAGCGUUUGGAUUGCCAAGUCUCGUAAUUUACAAAUUGGCUCGAGAUUGGUUCUCGAUUAAGCUUACACGUGCACGUCGAGAAGCGCUUGAACAACACAGCCGUCCUGACGGUGACGAAAUGGAUGACGAAAGCGAACUCUAUAUAUCCAGAAAGAUCAGGACAGAUAGUACAGAUAUCUCCCUAGAUGAUACCCUUGAGGACGUGGCGGUCGUGAAUGCCUUUUUAGAUCAUGUUAGGCUACGAUGGAAGCAGCUUAUGAUUCAUUUGGAUGGUACGAGGAAAGAUAAGGCAGUCGCCGUAUUGACUGUGUUAGGAUAUAUAGUACCCAUUUGGGCAUUCCUAUGCUGGUGGUUAAGUGCACGCAUCAUAUUAGCUUCCUUUGGUACCUUCCUGUUGGUGGUGCAUUCACCAGGCGCACACGUUAUCUGGAUAGCCAUUCAAAAAAAUAUCAUACUUAGACACUGUAUAGCAGCAGUAUGGGCCUAUGGUAUAGCUAUUGUAUCCACUUUAUUUGGAUAUCAAAGAAAAAAGCUUUCUAAAAGACAGCGAGUAAAAGAAUGGAUAUCAACACUUUUAAUUCGUGCUAAAAAGGAAAAAUCAAAGGCAAUUGAAAUAAUUGAACAUAUUGAACAGGAAAAGACAAAAGAAGGAACAAGAAGUGAAAUGAUAUUUCAAUUUGAAGUUUAUGAGAAUCAGAGAUGGUGGCUUGGAGUCAACUGGACUACCAAUAUGAUGCCCAGUGAAAGAGGUUCAUGGACAGAUAAACAACUUAAACCAAUACCACCAAAAGAAGAAUUUGAAUUACCAGAACCUACAGUUGUAAGUUAUGUACAACAUGGUGUAAAAAAGACGAUAAAUAAGGUCUGGAGUUGGGUAGAUGGUGAUUGGUGGGUGGAUAUGACAGGCGAAAUGUCAGGGAAAGUAGAUCAUCAUGGAUGGGAAUAUGGAAAUAAUGCAUGGAAACAAAUGAGUGGUACAGCUAAUAUGCAAACAUUUACUAGAAGAAGAUGUUGGUGUAGAAGAGCAAGACUAGUAGAAAGAGAGAUUGAAGAACAAAUCAGUGAAGAAGAAAAAAAAGAAAAAUAA